GAAAACUGUCAAAAUCAGCUGUAAGCUAUGGUUUUGGCGGUAUUUACAAAAAGAGGAAAUAAGUUCAUAUGGUUGUAAAGUGAAAUAGACGUAGUGCGCACAAAUUAAUUUGAAAAUAAGUUGUAAAACUAUAAAAUAUAUAGUAGCGCGUUUAAAAUGCCGGAAUAUAUGAUCGCGGGAAUUCCGGUGCAUUUUCCAUUUGAACCCUACGAUGUGCAAACAGCAUAUAUGGAAAAAGUAAUCGCCUGCCUACGCGAUGGCACAAAUGGCGUUUUAGAGUCUCCAACUGGCACGGGUAAAACAUUGAGUCUUCUAUGUUCAUCGCUAGCUUGGUUGCUGUCGCGAAAAGCAGAUAUGCAAUCAUUAGUACAAAGGAACGCAAGAGGCGGUGCAGCCGCACAACAAGGGGCUAAUGAACUCAACACAAUGCAAUCGAGAAAUGCUAACUGGGGCAUCCCGAAAAUUAUAUACGCCUCGCGCACACAUUCCCAAUUAACGCAGGCCAUGCAGGAAUUGAAACGUACAUCGUACUCGUUUAUGCGUGCCGUUGUCUUAGGUUCGCGUGACCAAUUAUGCAUACAUCCUGAAGUUAUGCGAGAGCAGGGCAAUUCCAAUAAAGUGCAACUUUGUAAAUUACGUAUACAAACACGCACAUGUACGUUCUACAAUCGUGUUGAAUCCAAGAAGGACAGUCCUGAAUUAAAAGAACAGUCGAUAAUGGAUAUUGAAGAUUUGGUAAAAGUUGGACAGAAACUCAAAGUGUGUCCCUAUUAUGUAUCCAAAGAGUUGACCGGUGAUGCGGAUAUCACAUUUAUGCCAUACAACUAUCUUUUAGAUCCAAAAGCACGUAAAGCAAAUAAAGUGGAUCUGAACAACACCAUAGUAAUAUUAGAUGAGGCACAUAACAUAGAGAAAAUUUGCGAAGAAUCUGCAUCCGUGCAAAUACGUUCAUCAGACAUAGCUUUAGCUAUCGAUGAUGUGACGCAUAUAAUGAAGGCAAUGAUGAGUGAAAAUGCAUUAGAUUUCAUGAGCGGCGAUGAGCCGAAAGACUUUAAAUUAGAAGAUCUCGCACAGCUUAAAGAGAUGCUGUUGGAGUUGGAGAAGGGAAUUGAUGAUAUUGUAGUCGAAAACAAAGCAGAAGGAACCACAUUUCCACCUUCAUUUAUGUUCGAUCUAUUAGCUGGCGCAAAAUUCACUCCAGCUAUAGCACCUGCCACAAUAAGUUUAUUAGAACGACUUGUUCAAUUCAUGACCGUUCAGUCUCAAGACAGCGCAUUCCGCAAAGGUGGUAGCUUUGAUGUGCUGUCUAAUCUACUAAGCGUCGUUUUCGUUAAAAAAGAAGACAUUAUAGCCAAGGUGCUCAGAAGUUUCAAAGUGCAUGUGCAAAUCGAAGAAAUCAAACAACAGAACAAAAAUGCCAGCAAGGAUGGCUGGUUAUCAAAAGCGUCAAGUAGUAGCACAGUUGCCACGAAGUUGCCCAAAAUUAUUAACUACUGGUGUUUCAAUCCCGGUUUUGGCAUGGAACAGCUGUUGAAUACACAGGUCCGCAGUAUAAUUUUAACGAGUGGUACUUUAGCGCCUUUGAAGCCAUUAAUAGCCGAAUUGGCGGUACCAAUUGCACAAAGUCUUGAAAAUCCACACAUUGUUAAUCAAUCGCAGGUUUACGUUAAAAUAAUCGGUACCGGACCUGAUCGCGAGCAGCUCAUAUCAAAUUUUGCCAAUCGCGAUAAUCCGAAGUACCUCAGCUCGCUGGGUCAGACAAUACUCAAUGUUUCACGUAUCGUACCCGAUGGUCUGCUCGUCUUCUUCCCCUCCUACCCACUGUUGAAUCAGUGCGUAAACGCUUGGCAGGCCAGCGGGCUUUGGGCGGAGGUAUCACGACAUAAACCCAUAUAUGUAGAGCCGCGCGGUAAAGAGAGUUUCACAACAACUAUGGAGGAAUUCUACAAAAGCAUACGCGAUGCAAAGGGUGCCGUUUUCAUGGCGGUUUGUCGUGGUAAAGUCUCCGAGGGUCUUGAUUUCGCCGAUCGUAAUGGACGUGCUGUCAUUAUCACAGGUCUACCAUUUCCACCACUAAAAGAUCCCAAAGUGAUUUUAAAGAAACGCUACUUGGAAGAUAACCGUACCAAGGAGAAUGAGCUGCUAAGUGGUCAAGCCUGGUAUAGCUUAGAAGCGACGCGUGCCGUUAAUCAGGCUAUUGGACGUGUCAUACGUCAUCGACAUGAUUACGGCGCUAUUUUAUUGUGUGAUAUACGUUUCGCACAACCCAAUCAGGUAUCACAGUUGUCCAAAUGGGUUCGUGGACAUUUGGGCGCAGCACCCAAAAGUGUGCCCUUCGGUUCGAUUGUGAGAGAAUUACGCGAAUUCUUUCGUAAUGCAGAUAAAUCUCUGCCAAAACCUAAAGAGCGUAGUGUCGAAGCACUGGUAAGCGAAUCGUGUGAAGAAGUUGGCAUUGUGAAAAGUAGUUACUUCUCGGAUCCAAAGUCGAUGCUUGAAGCAAAAAAUAAAUUUGCAACGGCACAAACGAUGGCGAUGAAAGUUGAAAAAACCAAUUCAAUUGAAGGUUGGACGCCCGAUGACUAUAAAUUGGCCGCGGGACGGUCACAAAAUAGUAAAGUGCCGAACGCUAUGGACUUUAUGAGCCGACUGGACACAAACGUAAAGUCCAUAGACUUCAAUAGUGCCAGCUGCAGCAAUUCCUCGCGCAGUAACCAAGUUAGCAUAUAUAAACGUGAGAGAAAUUCACCCACUUCCAGUCCAAGUAGCAGUGCUUCACUUGCCAAUAUAAAGAAAAAACGCUAUAAGUUAGUAAAGGAUACCACCAUCACUGAGUCUCCAACCUGCUGCGCUUCACCAUUUCUAGAUGAAUUUGGUUUUAAAUCAAAGGCUAGAUUAUCCAUUGAACCGCCGGUAGUGGAAAAACAGGCACCACAAGAACGUGUGGAAUUUUUACGUAUAUUACGCAGCUCUCUAACUCCCGAUGAUUUUAGUGCCUUUACGGCGGCACUAAUGGCCUAUAGUCGUCAGGAUAAAUUCGAUGAUUUUUUAAAGGUUUUAGUGCGUGUAUUGUCCAAACCGGAACUGCAUUACAUGUUGCGUGGCAUGCGUCGAUUUAUAAAAAUGAAUCACAAAGAGUUGUUUGACGCUGGCACAGCACAUAUUCUAUCAUAACCUCGCUUUUGUAUAUAGUUUAAAAUUGCUCAUCAUUUGCUCCAAAAUUUAAUCGACGCUAUUUUGGUGGGGGUUGUGCGACGUUUAAGCAUUAAUGUACUUCGUAAGCUACUAUAAUGUAUUUAGUAUCAAAAUUUUUAAGUUUUUUUAUGUUUUACAAUAACAAUAAAUACAAUACGAUAUGUAGAUAUUUUAUAAAUAAAUGCAUGAAAAAAUCCGUAGUAAUGCAGAUUUUUGUUAUCAA